AUGGCGCAUCUGUUGAUGACCCCAUCCCCGACCGCAAACCGCUUCCUCCUACCGCACACCACCCAUCGCCGUCGCCACCUCGAGGCCGUCCGCAAGGGCAACACCGCCAUCGGCGUCCGCGGCACCAACACCGUCGUCCUCGACAUCGAGAAGAAGUCCACCCCCAAGCUCCAGGACUCCAGGUCCGUGCGGAAGAUCGCGAGCCUGGACACGCACGUCGCGCUGGCGUGCGCGGGGUUCAAGGCGGACAAGCCCGCCCUGUACCAGACCGACCCUCCGGCACCUUCUCCGCCUGGAAGGUUGACCUACUGGUGGUGCUGUACUGCUGGUUGCAGUGGUGUUCCUCUCCCAGGUUGUAGUGGUGUUCCUCUCCCAGGUUGCAGUGGUGCUCUUCUUGAUCCAAACUUUGUGCAAAAAAUUACUGAUGUCUUGUUAAUGAAGUAUUACAAUGGGUGUCUGUUCCACAAGGUCGAGAAGGAUUUCCUGGCACAAUCUGGGGACCCUACUGGAACUGGCAGUGGUGGUGAUUCCGUGUACAAGUUCCUUUAUGGUGAUCAAGCUCGAUUUUUUAAUGAUGAAAUCCAUCCAGAAUUAAGGCAUUCAAAAACUGGUACUAUUGCUAUGGCAAGUGCUGGUGAGAAUUGCAAUGCCUCACAGUUCUACAUCACCUUGAGGGAUGAUGUCGACUACCUUGACGACAAGCACACGGUCUUUGGGACGGUUGCAGAAGGUCUUGACACACUGACAAAGAUAAAUGAAGCUUAUGUUGAUGAUAAAGGAAGACCUUUUAAGGACAUAAGGAUUAAACAUACAUAUAUCUUGGAUGAUCCUUUUGACGAUCCUCCUCAGCUUGCUGAACUUAUUCGUGAGAAUUCUCCAUUAGGAAAGCCACGUGAUGAGGUUGCAGAAGAGCGCGUAGAGGAUAGCUGGGUCCCUCUAGAUGAAACAGUGGAUCCUGGUCAGCUUGAAGAGUUGAUCCGCUCUAAAGAAGCACAUGCUAAUGCAGUGAUCCUUGAGAGCGUUUGUAGCACGAUUGAUCUAGCGUCGUUGAUUGUCAAAGCAUUGCUAGAUUACACACAUAUCCCAUCACUGUUUGAUACUUUCUUCACAGAUGUAUCGCUUCAUGGUCUCAGUGCUGACGGGAAGAAAGUAGUCCAGGCUAAAUGA